CUGAGAAGUGAAAGCGAGCCGAGCUCGUCAGCGCAGACCCCGCCCUGCGCGGGCGCAGGUCUCCGCCCCCGGCCACGCCCUCGCUGCGACUUCCUAACUGGUCCUGCGCGCCUGGUACCAGUCGAGUUACUUCAUAUUUUGGGCAGUACAACUCCUCAGUCCUCACUAAUAACUAAUGAAGGCCGACCCGUCCUGUUCCGCGUCCGUUCUCGUCUCGGUCCAGCCUGCUAG